AUUGUCAGUUUACCACCGGAAGCCAUUAACGACGAUAAAGCGAAGGAAACCCAGAAAAAUCUCUUCCAAAUUCUCCACUCCUUAACUAGAAUGAAAGUAUGCUUUCAUUCAGUAGCGAAUCCUUUCGUUCUCUUUCCACAAUUCAAUUCCAAUAAGUGCACUUGGAACCCUAAUUCAACAACCCCAAUUUUUAUACAAAAUUACAGUGUUAAUAGUAGAAGGGUUAAAUCUCACCAUCGUUUUCAUCUGUCCAUUAGAGUUCUAGAACAUGGGAAGGGAGUUCUAUCGCCUGCUAAUGACGACACAGAUAUCUCCGUUGAGAGCCAAUCACCGGAUACCAGCGACGGAGUGCUUCCAGAACUUGUAGAUGUAGCGGAGGAAGAUCACAUAAGUGCUCCUAAGAAUCUCUCGCCGAAGAGGUUUGCUAAGAAGAAAGAAAAAGAUGAUGACGAUGAGGAUGGUCGAUUCAACCUGCGAAAUGGGAGGGAGAUUUUCGAAGAAAAAGCCUACCUUGUAGGUGUAGCACGUAAAGACGAAUCAAAGGAGUUAUUUAGCAUCGAAGAAUCACUCAAAGAACUCGCUCAACUAGCUGAUACUGCUGGAUUGAUGGUUGUCGAUUCCACCUAUCAGAAAUUAUCUACUCCAAAUCCAAGAACAUAUAUCGGAUCCGGCAAGGUUUCUGAAAUCAAAACUGCAAUCAACGCUCAUGGUGUUGAAACUGUAAUCUUCGAUGAUGAACUCUCACCAGGUCAAUUGCGCAAUUUGGAAAAGGCAUUUGGUGGAAAUGUGAGAGUGUGUGAUCGAACAGCUCUCAUUCUUGACAUAUUUGACCAAAGAGCAGCAACACGUGAAGCUGCUCUACAGGUUACAUUGGCACAAAUGGAGUAUCAAUUGCCAAGAUUAACUAAAAUGUGGACACAUCUUGAACGUCAAUCAGGAGGACAAGUUAAAGGAAUGGGAGAGAAACAAAUUGAAGUGGACAAACGUAUUUUACGCACUCAAAUUGGUGUUCUUAAAAAAGAAUUGGAGUCUGUUCGGAAACAUAGAAAGCAAUACAGAACAAGGCGUCUUUCUGUACCCGUGCCUGUUGUCUCACUGGUUGGGUAUACAAAUGCUGGAAAGAGUACACUGUUGAAUCAGUUAACAGGGGCUAAUGUUCUUGCUGAAGAUCGGUUGUUUGCAACUCUUGAUCCGACGACAAGAAGGGUACAGAUGAAGAAUGGAAAGGAGUUUCUGCUUACAGACACUGUUGGGUUUAUUCAAAAGCUUCCAACAACUCUAGUUGCUGCUUUUAGGGCGACACUGGAGGAAAUAUCAGAGUCAUCACUUUUGGUGCAUGUGAUAGAUAUAAGUCAUCCACUGGUUGAACAACAGAUUGAUGCAGUAGAAAAAGUUCUUUCAGAAUUAGAUGCUUCAUCAAUUCCCAAGUUGAUGGUGUGGAAUAAGGUGGAUAGGGCUAGCAAUUCAGAAGAAUUAAAGUUAAAAGCCAAGAGUAUGGAAAAUACAAUUUGCAUAUCUGCUUUAAAUGGGACAGGUUUGGAUGAAUUUUGUAAUGCAGUUCAGGAGAAACUUAAGGAUAGUAUGGUUUGGGUGGAAGCUUUGGUUCCUUUUGAUAAAGGAGAACUUCUCAGCACAAUACAUCAAGUUGGGAUGGUUCAAGGAACUGAAUACACUGAGAAUGGGACUCUGGUGAGAGGGUAUGUGCCUCUACGUUAUGCAAGGCUUUUGACGCCGAUGAGGCAAACAUUCGUAUCACAAUCUCCAUCUUCAGAAGAAGAAGAAGAAGAAGAAGAAGAAGAAGAAGAAGAAGAACUCUCGUUAUAAUACCAUUAUAAUCAUUUCUUGUAACAAAGCCUUGAAGAUAUGUCUUUUUUCAUAUGUGGGAAUUGAUAUUUGUAAAUACAUUAGUUUAAGACAAAAUUACAUAAAUGGGUUCUAUGGUUUACCAAA